AUGGACAUGCAGAUUAAGUGGGAUGUUUCUACGAUGGAGAAUAGGGAGAAGAAGGGUAAAUGGGAAAAGAUUUCCUCAUUUUAUUUUUCUGAAAUUCCUGAUUUCACUAAGGCGGGUGAUAUCUUACAACUCUUUGGGUGCAUAGGCGAAGUGAUUGAGGUGGUUAUUCCACCUAGAAGGAAUAAAGUUGGGAAAAAGUUUGGGUUUGCUAGAUUUCAAAAAGUGGAAGAUGAGAAGGUGUUCGUUGUUAAACUUGACAAUGUUAUGAUUGAAGGGAGGAAGAUCCACGCUAAUCUACCUAGGUUUGAUCGGAAGGCUGAAGGUUCGAGGAGUGAGGAUGUCAAAAGGGGAAAGUUUAGGGUUCUGGAAAAGACUGUAGGUGGGGUGAAAGGGGCCAUAGUUGGUGGUUCGGUGUACAGGGAGGGUAAUAGGUCAUUUGUAGACAUGGUAUCUAACAAGACUCGCAAUGUAUCAGGCGGUCAGGGAGAUGAGAAGUCCCGCAGUUUUAAUUUUUCUUCGAGUCCUGAAGAUUUGAAUAGAUUGAGAAAUGCAUUUGUGGGGGUGGUUCUGGAAUCAGGUAUGACUUAUAAUGUUCAAAAUAGCUUUGAGAUCGAAGGCUAUUUUUCCAUUAAAGUGAUGCCUCUGGGGGCGAGUCUGUGUUUGUUAGAGGAGGUUGAAGAAGGCGCUAUUAUUGAUCUUAUUAAGGAGGGUAAGAGUUAG